UUCCAUCUGUUGAAAAUUGCAACAUCAGAUCACCAACCAGCUGAGAACACAAACCAAUCUGACAUCACAAGUUUUAGCUAUUGGAGUUUUGCUAUAAUCUUGACUUUGUAACACAUGAAAACAAGUUACACCAAAUCUAGAAGCAAUGAUCAUGGAGACUCAUUCAAUGAUUGAUCCUUAAACUGUGUUUUUUUCUCCCCCCCCAAACAGAUCCCAUGAUUCAGUAUCAGCAACCUCAACCUUAUUCCAGGCGGCAGCGCUAACAGAUGUCGCUUAAUGGAGAUCAAGAUUCAUCUGGGAAUGUUCAGUCCUGGCUAGCAGACAUAUCAGACUUCACAAAAGCAGCAGAAUUUGCAGAGAUGGAAAGGGAGAGUUUCGUGGAGAUCGGGAGCUAUCUAUACCGGGCCUCGUCUGUUCUAAUGGAGCUGCAGAUAAACAAGAAAACCCCAACACAUGUUGCAGAGAUUCUACAGUCUCUAAGGAGAAGCUUUGGGCUUGCAGAAGAUAUAAUAAAGAAAGCAGGGAGGGGCUCCCGGGAAACAACCUCAGCAGCAGUUGAAGAGCUUCAAGGUUUAGUGAAAGAAAUAGGGAAAGGACUAACUCUGAUGCCAUCAUCAGCCUAUGGGGAUCAAGGAUAUGCAGCCAUUGCUGCAAAAUCGCUGUCCAUCGAAAUCAAAACAGCACGGUUUUUACCUGGGAAAACGCGGAACGAGCCUGCAGUUCACCAGGAGGUAUCGAGAGCUGAAACCGAGAGAACAGAAACAGAUCUUUACUCUAUUGAUGUUGAUGUUUCAAUGGAGAAUCUGCAGGUAGUAGACUCAACUAGUAUCCACUUCUCGGAUAGUUCUCUGAGCUUGAACGGGCGAGAUCAAUGGAUGGAGAGGGAGAGAAGCAGAAAACAUAAACUAUCAAUGGAUUUGCAUUUCCCUCAAAUGGCUCAAUCCAUGGAGCCUAUGUAUGAGACUUUCUUUUGCCCUCUCACAAAGAAGAUCAUGGAUGAUCCUGUAACCACAGACACUGGAAUAACCUAUGAGAGAAGAGCCAUCGUCGAAUGGAUCAGUAAAUUCGGGAGCAGAGAGGAAAUCGUUUGCCCCAAGUCGGGGCAGAAGCUGAAAACCAGAAUCCUACGCCCGAAUAUGGCCUUAAAAGCAACAAUAGACGAAUGGAAGGACAGAAACGAAGCAGUGAGGAUCAAGAUGGCGCGUGAGGCUUUAUCUUCAGCCAAAACACAGGAUAUUGUACUGGAUGCCAUCGAAGAUCUUCGAACCAUUUGUCGGGGAAAGCCAUACAAUCAGGUUCAAGUCUGCAGCACAGGAAUGGUCCCGGUACUUGCCAAGUUCCUCGACUACAAGAACAGAACCAUAAGACGAGUAACACUAGAAUUGUUGCACGAGCUAGCUGAAGAUAACAACGAUGGAAAGGAGACGAUCACGAGAGAAAUCGACGUUGCCACAAUCAUAAGGAUGCUGUCAAGUAAUCACUCACCAGUCAAGCAUGCAUCAGCCUCACUUCUUCUUGGGCUUUCUAAAUGCCAAUCUUUCUGUGAUACCAUCAAGGAAGUCCCGGGCGCUAUCCUGAUGCUUAUCACAACCAAGUACAAAGAGAAUGACGAUUUCACUUCAGAAACAGCUGAUAAAGUGUUAAAGAGCCUGGAAAGAUCUUCACACAACAUCAAGCACAUGGCAGAAAACGGAUAUUGGGAACCCCUAAUAAACUAUCUAAAUGAAGGAAAUGAAGAGACGAAAAUGGAGAUGGCAAGCUACAUUGGAGAAAUUGUUCUUGUACCUGACAGAAGCACUUAUGUGGCAGAAAGAGCCUCUCCAGCUCUGAUCAAAAUGUUGCACACUGGGAAUUCUCUGAGCAGAAAUGCAGCCUUUAAAGCUCUAAAUCAGAUAUCUCUGCACCACACGAAUGGCAACAUUCUUGUGGAAGCCGGGAUCAUACAAGUCAUGGUGGAGGAGAUCUUCAACAGGAAAAUCUACGACGAGCCAAUGGACUCGAAGAAGGAGGCAGCCGGGAUUCUUGCAAAUAUACUAGAGUUUGGGCUGCAGCUGGAGAGCCUGGAAGUAAACGUGCACGGGCACAGAUUUGAUUCAGAGUACACAGUGCACAACAUCGUUCACAUGAUACGAAAUUCAAGCCCGGAUGAACUGAACAUCAACCUCAUCAGAAUCCUCCAGUGCCUGAUGAAGUUUCAGAAAACAUCAGCUGCCAUUGUUUCUGCAGUGAAGGAGACAGAUGCUGGGUAUAUCCUGAUCGAGUUUAUCAAUUACCCCAACGAAGAACUUGGAGUUGCUUCGAUCAAGUUUCUCAUCGCGCUCUCUCCACUUAUGGGGCAUACCUUAUCAGACAGACUGUGCAAAACUAGAGGCCAACCUGUAAGCCUGGUCCAGCCUUCAACGGUGGGUGAUUGUAUCACAGAGAAGCAAGCGGUUUCUGCCAUUUUCUUGGCAAAGCUUCCCCAUCAAAACCUGACCCUAAAUCUCGCGUUGGUCGAGGGGAAAACAGUCCCCACAAUCAUAAACCAGAUAAACAAGCUCCAGAAUGGUGGAGCAGGAACCAGAAGGCAUGUGAAUGCAUAUUUUGAAGGACUUGUGGGAAUUCUUGCCAGAUUCACCUCUACAUUGUAUGAUCAUCAAAUACUACAAUUGGUGAAGGCCUACAACUUCACUUUAAUCUUCUCCGAAUUACUGAUGAAACCAUCAAGCGAUGAAAUCCAGAAAUUAUCAGCAACUGCACUGGGGAACUUGUCAAAACAAUCAGUCAGUCUAUCAAAAGCACCAACCAAGAAAGCCAAGUACCUGAAGGCUUCUCUGUUGCGGAGAUGUUUCUCGCUUAAUCCAACCAAACACAUCAAUGUGCCACUAUGCCCUGUUCACAGAGGCACGUGUUCUUCAGAGGAAACGUUUUGCUUGGUCGAUGCAAAGGCACUUGAGAGGCUGUUAGCCUGUCUGGAACACAAGAAUGCAGAGGUAGUUGAAGCAUCACUGUCUGCUAUAUCCACAUUGUUGGAUGAUAAAGUCGAUAUAGACAAGAGCGUGAGCUUGUUGAUGGAAAAGCAAGCAAUCCAGCACGUGCUGAAUGUGGUGAAGGAGCACAGAGAAGAAGCCCUGUGGCAUAAAUCAUUUUGGAUGAUCGAAAAAAUUCUUUCCAAAGGCGGCGACCAGUCUACCUCAGAUAUAUCACAAGACAGGCUGUUUCCUGCUACAUUAAUCACAGCAUUUCACCAUGGCGAUGUACUCACGAGGCAAAUGGCCGAGAAAAUCUUGAUGCAUUUGAAAAAGAUGCCCCAGCUCACCGCCACCUCGUUCACCAUGUAAAUCUCUUUCUGCACUCAUUAGUUUCAAAAACAUGUGAAGACACUCAAGACUCAACAUAUGUAAACAUGUGGAUUAGCCUAUCAUUGUUUAUAUUUCUUUUCUUCCACAACUUUUCAAGUCCUUUUGCCAAGAUCAGCAAAUCUUCUGAUAUA